AAAUUAAACUUUUCACGCGACUCGGUCACAGCAAUAGUGGAGUUAACUUACCACUCUAUGUUAUUAAAGACGAUAAACUAUGGUCGGCAGGAAUCCAAUCAUAGACACGGCGACUGAAGUUAAAAACCCUUCCUUGAGCUUUUGCUGAUCGCAAACGCAUUGAAGUGCCUUCACUCUAUAUUACACACAUUAAUAAAGAUACUAUUUAGAUUAUUUCAAUGUUAAAGAUUUGCUCAAAUAGCGUUACAUUCCCGGAGCGCCCCGUGAACUCCCCCGCUGGACUGGGGACGGCGCUCUCCUGGCAGGAGCCGCAGUUGUUUUUCUCCUCGCUGCCCAGCAGACUGAAGUAAUGGUCGCGUUAGCCGGUUAGCUCUCCAGGCAGCAGCUGUAGCAUUUACGUUAUUUGGCUUUCGGUUGUUGUGUUUAAAAUAAUGAAUCUACUACCGUCUAAUCCUCACGGGAACGGGCUCCUGUAUGCUGGGUUUAACCAGGACAAUGGAUGCUUUGCCUGUGGAAUGGAGAACGGCUUCCGUGUGUACAAUACAGAUCCUCUCAAAGAGAAGGAGAAACAAGAGUUCCUGGAGGGCGGAGUCGGCCACGUGGAGAUGCUGUUUAGGUGUAACUAUUUAGCAUUAGUGGGAGGAGGAAAGAAGCCAAAGUACCCAACCAACAAAGUGAUGAUCUGGGAUGACCUGAAGAAGAAGACGGUAAUUGAGAUUGAGUUCUCAACAGAAGUCAAAGCGGUGAAGCUUCGGCGGGACAGGAUCGUGGUGGUCCUGGACUCGAUGAUCAAGGUCUUCACCUUCACCCACAACCCCCAUCAGCUGCAUGUGUUUGAGACCUGCUAUAACCCUAAAGGUCUCUGCGUGCUCUGUCCCAACAGCAACAACUCCCUGCUGGCGUUCCCGGGGACUCACUCGGGCCACGUGCAGAUCGUGGACCUGGCGAACACGGAGAAGCCCCCUGUCGACAUCCCCGCCCACGAGGGGGCGCUGUGCUGCAUCGCUCUCAACCUGCAGGGCACGAGAAUAGCCACGGCGUCGGAGAAAGGGACCCUCAUCAGAAUUUUCGACACGUCCGCAGGCCAGCUCAUCCAGGAGCUGCGGCGAGGCUCUCAGGCAGCCAGCAUUUACUGCAUUAACUUCAACCAGGACGCGUCCCUCAUCUGCGUGUCCAGUGACCACGGCACGGUGCACAUCUUUGCUGCAGAGGACCCGAAAAGGAACAAGCAGUCGAGUUUGGCGUCGGCCAGUUUUCUUCCCAAAUACUUCAGCUCCAAGUGGAGCUUCUCCAAGUUCCAGGUUCCGUCCGGCUCUCCCUGCGUGUGCGCCUUCGGGACGGAGCCCAACGCCGUCAUCGCCAUUUGUGCCGACGGCAGCUACUACAAAUUCCUCUUCAACCAGAAAGGGGAGUGUGCCAGAGACGUGUACGCCCAGUUCCUGGAGAUGACCGAUGAGAAGAUAUGACCUUUGACCCAUAAGGAGACUUGACGCAGCCAGUUUUUUUUUGUGGAAAUCUUUAUUAUUUUGGAGCAGAGUUCCCACGCUGCUCUUCUUCUUCUUCUUCUUCUUCUUAUAUUGACAGACUCUGUAAAAAGAGCAUCAAAUGACCGGAGGACAAAGAAAGCGGAUCACGGACUUUGGGGAUGGACCCUCACGGCAAAGAUGAGCGGAUGGAGGUACCGACAAGGACUUUUCUCUCGCGGAUUUAAGGAUCUCCUCCGAACGAGAGGACUCAGAUUAACGCUCGGCGAAAAGAAGAAGAAGUCGUGUUCUCGAAUGGGCGACAUGCCGCUUUUUAAGACGUCUUCCGAGGAAUUUACACAAGGAUGGUUAUUUUUUAAUCGAUGAUUCUGAUAGACGGAUUGAAAAUAUUAAGAUUUUUGUCGACUAACACCACCUAACUGAACUGUAGGGAGUGCCUCGAGACGGGAGAGAAUCUGUGUGCACAUGUUGUUGUCAUAUAUACAUGCGUGUGUUUGUGUAAUUACCAAUGUACCAUAUCGGGUGUUUGCAGAGCAACAUCGGUAUGAGGUGACGCGUCUCCAGCGUUGUGAAGCGUCGCCUUUAGUAUUACUAGAUUUUCUUCUCUUCACUGUAUAAACACAACGGGCUGAACUGCUAAUUCAAUACAAAUGUACAGAUUAGCAGCAGGAAAAAAAGUACCACGUCAUUUUGUUUCCCUCGUCGCUCCUUUUUUUUUUUUUCUUCAUACGUUGUGCAAUAUGUUUUCCCUAAUUGCUUUUUUUGUUGUUGCGAAGAGCUUGUGAACGUUGUGUUUUUGUUUUUAAACACGAAGGGGGGGAAAAGCUUUGAGAAAUAGUCUGCCGCUUCUUGGAAAAUGGUUAAUGUUGUUGCCGAGAGUCGGAUGAGAAGAUUGAUACAACUCCGUACGCUAAAUAUGAAGUUGCAACCAGACGUUAGCCAUGUUAGCUUAGCAUAAAGACUAACUAGCUCCGUCUGUUGGUCACCAAUUCUGCUAACGCCGCCUCCUAAAGCUUAUUAUGGCUCAAUGUUUUUAGUAAAGUUGGUUUAACGAGGCUUGUACGUCGGCACUAACCCCAUGUUUCCAGUGUUUACACGAAGCUAUCCGACUCCUUUCCCAAAACGUUGAAAUAUUCCUUUAAGAGUUUGAAGGUUUUGGCACAUGCACGGUUUCCAGCUGAAAUCCUUAAAAAAAAGAAGGUAUCUAUUGGCUGAGAUUGAAGAAGCCCUGAUCCAACUGUGAAAAUCUGAGUAUAUUUGUCAUGUUUUAGUGGUGAUACAUUAUUGAAUCUCCUGAAUGGUGAUUGGUUAGCUUCACAUACUGGCCGUUGGCCAGUGUGGCUCUGCAGUCACAUCCAUAUCCUACACCUCUCUUUUUGGUUUAAAUAAAAAAAACACGUAUUCCCACUUGUGUCGUUCACACAGACAGCCUCCCCCCCCAUAGCGGUUGGAUACAGCAGCCGAUGCUAAUCAGGGACUCUGAAGUGCUUUGUCGAAGCUCGUGGCCGUCAGCAGGAGAUCCACCUCCAUGGAACUGUGUUGAUGUACAGUUUAAAUAUUCCUCUUUAUUGUUUUGUUUUUCUCCAUUUGUCACGUUGAUUGACGGCUUUGUUGGUGAUUCGGUGUUAAAACUCACGUCUGUGUUGCUCUGCGUCAGAAUGUACACGUGUCUGCUCCGUCGAACAAAUGCACAAACCCAAGAGACAACUUGUGUCCGACGGACUCGGAACGAUUGUACAACCUGCAUUUCAAUUUAUGAAUAAAAUCUAACAUCUGCUUUUAUA